CAGCACUAUUCCUUCCCCCCUCCUUUCACCCCCUCCUCCCCUCCCCUCUCCUCUGUGCCGUCUGUGCAACUCGUCAGUCCUCUCCUCUCCGCCAUUUUUGCCUGAAGCACCCCUCCACCAGGAUUCCACGAGCGCGGAGGCGGAGGCGGAGGCGAUGGCGAUCGAUCAAUCCCUCAAGAGGAAGAGAGGGAGGCCAGCAGGAGGAGGAGGUUCCCCGUCUGUCAACAAGAGCCAGCGAGAUAAGAUGGUCAUGGAGCAGAAGAUGGCACUGGUGCAUCAAAGGCUCGCCUUGCUUGACAGCGAGAGCGACAAGGAUGCUGAUGUUGUGCCGACGGCCACAAUGCAGGAUGAUAAGCUUGCUGCUGUUGUUGUUGAUCAACAGCCUGUUGUUAUUAAUUUCGGUGACACAGAUGACGAGGAUGAAUAUGUUCCUUUGAGAAUUGUGCAGCCACGGAGGUUGGACAGUGAACAAGAAAAGCUGCUUGAUGUUUCUCAAACACACAAUGCUCAGGGUACUGACACCGCUAAAAAGAAGAGAGGGAGGCUUGUCAAGGCCCAGAGCAACAUGGAGCAGAAGUUGAAAUUGUCAACACCAAGGCUUGCCUUGGUUGAGAGCGGCUGCAGUAACAGCAGCAAGAGCGACAUAGAAGAAGAUCUUGUGCCGAUGGUAGCUGCUGUUAAUUGCAAAAAGACAUGUGCAAGAGUUCAGGGUAACUUUGGGUCUGCUAUGGAGAGAGCUGAGGAGGUACUGGUAAAGUUACCAGCCGAACAUCCUAGCUUUGUCAAGCAUAUGCUACAUUCACAUGUUGUUCAGGGUUUCUGGCUGGGUCUACCGUCUGGCUUCUGCAACAAGCAUCUCCCAAAGAAGGACGUUACUAUUGUGCUUGAAGAUGAGGAUGGGCAUAAUUAUGAUGCAAAAUAUCUAGGUGCCAAGCAAGGACUUAGUGGUGGUUGGAGAGGUUUUGCGCUUAAUCAUGAUAUUAAGGUCGGAGAUGUUGUAGUCUUUCAACUUGUCAGUUCAGCAAAGUUUAAGGUCUAUAUAUUGAGAGCGAACAACUUCACUAUAACUGAUGGAGCACUUGGUCUCCUGUGUUUGGAAGCAGGCAAAGAGAAGAUAUUGAAAGAAGAAAGAUCCAUUGAUGUCAAAUCUAAGGAGAAUCCAAAGUUUCGGAGCGAUGGCAGUAACCCAGCCAGUGACUCAAUAACAGACGGCAUCAGAUUUUCAGAUACAGCCAUCGGUUUCGAUGAUGUGAAAAGUUUCAGCAACUUCAACAUCAUCGUAGAUGGUCUGGUCAUCGACUGCAAGUUUCCUGACCACCUACGCAAGACGUACUAUGAGCUGUGCUGUGCCCAGGAGUCAUUCCUUCACAAGGAUCUGCUUAAGCAGAUAAACCUCACACUCGCCGUGGGAGUGAUCAUGGAGACUAUCAACAUCGCGGAGGGUAUCAGAGCAUGCAAAGCGCAUGCUUCUUCCCAUGAGGACUUUGUGAUCUGGAAGAAGACCUUGGAGGCCUUUGAGCUCCUGGGCAUGAAUGUCAAGUUCUUGCUCAAACGCAUCGAUGAUCUCCUCAGCCUUUCUGCUCUACCUAGAGACCCUGCUGAGCAUGAAGGGUACAAAGAGAUGAAACUGGAGCGGGCACGUGCCGGAGCAAAAAUGAAGGAGCUCGAGUCCAUGAUGUCAAGUGUGAAGGACACUCUGAAAAAGAUGGACGUGGAAAUGGAGGAGAUGGAGUCCAGUGCGAAGAGGACGGAUGAGAUGCUGCGGCGGUUAGCAACCGCACCAUGGUAGUGGUAUGCGCACAGUUUCGGUCUCGACCGCAGACGGACGAUGUUUUGGGCGACAUGGAUGUUCAGUAUGCAGAGACAGAUGAUGCUCUGGAUGGGGUCUAGCUUUGCAGAAGAUUAGAACUGCAUUGUGGCGGCAGCGUUUAGUUUCAGAGUAACCACUUUUUGUAUAAAUGCAACCUGAGAGUAGUUAUCUGUGUGUCAUCUAGGUAGGUUUUACGCUUCUUGUGCAGCAACUAGGAUGCUGUUUUUUGGGUACACAUCAAGUGUUGUAACCUAUCCCCAUCCCAUCCCCCCUAUGUAAAUUACGCGGAACUGCACUGUGGCAGUGCUGAGAAUGGAAGGAAGAGAGAUGCAGUCUGGUUUGAGUA